AUGUCUUGGGCUCAGCUGUGGAAAGUACUUUCGCCAGACAAACUGUCCACGCGCAGAAUGAAGAAGCUCAAUACAGAGACCAAACUGCAGCAGACUGUUUUCCAGGGCAUCUUCUUUGAAGCCGAUGAUGCCAAAGCACUUCAUAUGAUCGCGGAUGCCUUUGUGCCAGAGCUUGAACGCCUUAAAAAUGCUUCGACGGCCUCUGAGCCUGGUGAGCCUAGUAUGGGAGAUGAAGGGCAAGAGAAAUCGCCAUCGUGUCUUCUCUUCGGCAAGGAGUACGACGAAGUAAACCGCACGCUCGUUGGCAUGCUUGCACUGAAGUGGAUCUGGAAUGACGACUACGAGGCUUUCACGAGUUCGCAGAACAAAUUUGUCAAACUAAAACCCGAGACCUUUCAGAGGCUACGCAAGCUCUUCAUAGACGGUCUUCGGAAGAAGGCGGACCUCUUUAAUCUGCUCACUUCAACCAUCAUCAACGAUCUAGGCAAGGAUCCGGCGCUUGCUGAAGAUGUCUCCAAGAUCACGGGUCUCCCAGCUCAUGCGAUCAAUCAUGACAUGGUUAUCUAUGAGGCCGCAAAGGCUGACAUUAUUCCUUGCAUCAGAAGGCUUGAUGACAAGCACAAAGAAGAGCUUUUCUUGGGUUUGAAAUUGGGUUCUACUCUCAAUGGCGGCCAGCUUGCACAGGCGGAAAAUGUGCCAGGUAAUCUCGAGGGCUUGCUAGAGAUGAGGGGGCACAGGCAUGCCUUUGACCUCAAAUUUUUGGAAUUGAUUCUGGAUGUUGCCGGGGCGGCCGGCCACCUCGAUGCCCGCUGUGCCAAAAUGAUGAUUGAGCCAGUUGCUCAGGCGUACUUGACCACCCAUGAAGUGGCGCUCGAUAUCAUAGAGGGCCGCAGCUCACUCCGCGAAGGAUACGACACAGUGCUUACCCGGCGAGCCGAGAUGCUGGUUGAAAAGGGUUUCCGACGCCUGUCUGUACAAGACCCGGAAGAGCGUGCUCUACUACGAAUGCUUCUGAUGAGUCGAACCGCGGAUGCCGAGCAGGCCGAGCUCUUCUCCCAGGCCUUCGACUCUCUCCCAGUGUCAAUACGACGGAAACUGGUCAACGGACUGAAUGUGGAUGGCUACCAGGACGGCAAAGCAAUACUACCAUACUACAUGCCGGCCAUGUUCUCCGAGGCACUGGAAAACGUCUCCCGAGAACCGCUGUCUGCCAAGAUCGAAGCAAUGAGCAGCCUGAUGCGUUUCUUGACCCGCGUCCUCGAUGGCACCAGACCCAUGCCGGGCAAGGAAGGCAAAGUGGUCGAACGGAACCUCAUGUUCGCGCGAGCCACCAUCAAAAGCAAAGAGUUCAGAGAAGACCCGACCGUCCUUGAUCAGCUCAAGAUCCCGCCCACCCCUGAUGUGCAACAGCUUCUCACGAAUCAAAGCUCCUUCGGCACCUACCCGCACGCGGUCCUGACCUCGCUCCGCCACUUCCAAGGCCUGGCCGAAGCGGCCCCGGACAAAUUCAUGCGCUACACCUACUCGGAGCUCCUCCUGGCGUCGUGCCGCGCCGUGUCCGCCCUCCUCGACGCGCCCCUCGACACCUGCGUCUUCGUCCAGAACGCCACGCUGGGCAUCAACACCGUGCUCCGCAACCUGGUCUACGAGCCGCGCAAGGACGUGAUCGUGUAUUUCGACACCAUCUACGGCGCGUGCGAGAAGACCAUCUUCUCGAUCGUGGAGACGAACCCGACCGUCACGGCGAGGAAGGUGGAGGGGUAUGAGUUCCCCUGUGAGCAUGAGGAGGUGGUGGCGAGAUUUGUUGAUGUCGUCCAGGGGUUGCAGCGGGAGGGGUUAAGGGCCAAGGUGGCCGUGUUCGAUACGAUCUGUGCGGUGCCCGGGGUGAGGUUCCCGUUUGAGAGGUUGACGGAUGAGUGCAGACGGCUGGGGGUGCUGAGCUGUAUCGAUGCGGCGCACGGGAUUGGACAUAUCCCGCUGGAUCUGGGGGUGUUGGAUCCGGACUUCUUGGUCUCGAAUUGUCAUAAAAAUCUACCUCCCUUUGUCUUCAAACACUCACUUAACCACGAACCCCUCGUCAAUAGAUGGCUCUUCACCCCGCGCGGCUGCGCCCUGUUCUACGUCCCGUUCCGAAACCAACACCUGAUCCGGACCACCUAUCCCACCUCCCACGGCUACAUGCCCCCUCCAACCUCACAAGCCUCAAUCCGCAACCCGCUCCCCGCCUUCGCACCCAACGCCACCCCAUUCACCGCCCUCUUCCAGUUCGUCGCCACCACGGACAACGCACCCUACUACUGCGUCCCCGCGGCACGAAAGUUCAGAGGGGAGGUCUGCGGCGGAGAGGAGAACCUGAUGCGGUAUCUGAGGGAGAGCAUGAGGAAAGGAGGCGAUCGCGUGGCUGAGAUCUUAGGAACGGAGGUCAUGGAGAACAGUGCCGACAGGGAAGGAGGAGUCUGCGGGGCCGGAUCGCUGCGAGAUUGCGCCUUCGCUAACGUACGCCUCCCCUUGACCAUCGCUUCCCCUCCGUUGGAUUCGAGCACGGCCGAGAACGAGAACGAGAACAGGAAAGGUGUGGUCAAAGGGGCUAUGGCGCAGGAAGAGGUGGGGAGAGUGGUGGAUUACAUGCAAGAGACGUUUGUGGAUGAAUUCGACACUUUCAUCGCGGUAUAUGAGUAUAAGGGGAGGUUGUGGACGAGGUUGAGUGGACAGGUGUAUUUGGAUUUGAGUGAUUGGGAGUGGUGUGCGUGUGUAUUGGAAGACGUUUGUGCGAGGGUCAGGGAAGGAUGGUUUAGAGGAGAGGAUGAUGUGGGUGCUGGGCAUCGGGGUGGGAAUGCAGCGAAGCAGGGGAAGAAGGGUGGCUUCGAUGGCAGUAAGGAGGUGGAGGAGGAAAAUGAUGGGGUAAAAGACAUUGCAGAGGGGUUCAAGGGAUUUCGUGUUGAAAUGGAGUGA